GGUUUGACUUCGAACGAGCUAAAUCGUGCGAUUGCUUCUGGUCGACACUCGAUUCCUGGCUAGCCAACAAUAUUCGUCAUCAUUUCCCUAGAAUUCUAGGGAAGAACUCAGAAGUCUUCGCCUCUCGAUUGCGCUGAAUUUUAAGCAAUCAUGUGACUAUUGUGAGAAUUCGCGCACAUUUAGAAUUCUGGCGGUUUCUCAGAGUGUCCAUCCUUAAUACAUUCAGCCAUCGAGAGGCAAUAGAGUAAAUUGGACAAAGUGCUGGUGAAAAAGAUGAAUAAAUUUCUCACCGUAUAAAGUUAAUUGUGUUGUAAGAAAUUCUUCGUUCCAGUUGAAUUAUUAGGUGUUUUGUUUUAUCUUAACGCGCCCCAAAAACCUCAAGAAAUGCAAUGAUUCCCACUUUUUUCGGUCACACAAGGAUUAUCUCUAAAGCGAUUUGACAUUGUAGGAAAAAUGUCAAAUUGUCAUCUUCAAAUUAAUAAUAUAUUCACGAUUAUGUGCGCUUUUUAUGUGGUAUAAAUUUCCAUUGGAUGACCGAAAGAGAGUCCAAGUGUAGCGGAAAAGGGAAAAGAAUAGUAAUUGUGGAGUGAUAACAAGUGUAUUUAGGAGUUGUUAUGGUGAAGCGAAAUUACCCGUUCAAUGUGACCAGAGAUAGUAAUUUAAUGUGUAUCUUCACCAGUGGAAAUUGGAGCUCGAAAAUAUACCAUCAAUUUCAUAUAUUUAUAUAUUGUCUCCCUCUCACUUGUGCCACAAUUUCCAGUGAUUGAAGAGUCAGUGUAAAAAAAAAUGAAAUUUCUGUGAGAAAUGACUUCCAACAAUGUGCCAAACGGUACGACGGCCAACAUCAUCAAGCCACCCAAUCCGCCGUCCAUCAAUGGCAAGGCGCAGGAGGAUGAGUCCUCCUGGGAUGCCCAGUCGGCGGCCGCCUUCUCCAGACAGAACAGCAUGGAGUGCUGGGACUACACCAUCGAGCUGGAGUGCCUCCAAGGGCCCCAAGAUCUUCAACUGGCCGCCGAAUUGGGAAAGACACUGCUGGAGAGAAAUAAGGAAUUGGAGAGUGACUUGCGGCAGCAUCAGGCAAUUAUAAGUGACCAAGCGCAGGAGAUUGAGUACUUGACCAAGCAAACGGCAGCUCUUCGUGAGGUGAACGACUCGCGUCUCCGGAUGUAUGAGAACAUUGAAAUCAGCAUUUCGGACUUGGAGCGAGCAAAUCAUCGGCUAGUGAUUGAGAAUGCUGCGGACAAGAAGAACAUUAAGACAUUGUCUCACACGGUGGAACACUUGGAGUCUCGAUGCGAUGAGCUGGUUAAGACAAAUGAGGAGCUCAACCGAAUAAUUGCCAUGGAGAGGCGGAAGAAGGAGCGCCAGGAAAACAGGGAGAAUGGAUGGAAAAAUGGCUCUAUAAAGUUGCUGAAGUCACCGCAGGAGAAUCACGACAGUGAGCCUGAAGUUGAAGAGGCCUCCAAUAAUGCUGCAAACAACACCACCCUGAAUUCUUCAAAUAACCAUGAACACAGCGACUUGAGCAAUCUUCCCGCCAGACUGCAGGAUGUUGUUGAUUUUCCAAGCAAUGGAACAAAUAGACCCAGUGCCAAUUCCACAGAAGACAGCAUUCACGAAAAUGAGGAGCUGCUCAAGCUGAUGACAGACUUGAAUUCCACCAAGAAAGAGCUCUUCUGUGAACAGCAACGAAACUCCGAAAUGGAGGAACAACUCAUUCAAAUCAUUCAGGAGAAUCAGAGUCUGCAGGGACGAUUGGCGAACAUGAACACAAACGAAGAGAUGAAGUCCAUCCACGACGAACUGUCCAUACUGGAGGAAGUUCGACAAGGCCAAAUGUGCAGCCGAUGCUUAAGAAUGGUAGAUGACAAGAGUAUGCAGCACGACGAUGACGAUGGAUUGAUGGGCGUUGAUACUGAAGAUGACGGUCGGAGCUUGAUCGAGCUCAUAAGCUCACAAAAGAGUGAUCACGCGUAUCGUCCUCCACCCACAAAGGAUGUUCCCAAGCCAGAUAGUUUGGAUUUGGCAACGGCUCCCGUUGCCAAUCCCUACCGAGUGCUCGUGGAGCACUAUGAGGCCCUAAUGGAGGAGAAGAAGCGACGCAGUCAAGCUCUAGGGUUGGCAGAGGAUGGUCACAUGUCCGGUGACUUUAGCUCCAUUCACACCAAGGACACCGACGAGGAGAGCGCAACUGGCAGGCGAGCCAUUCAGGUGGACAGUGGGAAGAGCACUGGCGCCAGGAGGAAGACCACUGUGCGCACUCCCACGGACUUUUCUGAAACGGAGACCACGAGUUCCGGUUACUCUGAUGAGACCAGCAACAAGGGCACGCAGACUGAAGAGCGGGCAGGAUCCUUCCUCUGCACCAUUGCCGAUGGCGAAGACUGCAAGUUCAGCAUAUAUGACGACGCGAGCCUCAUAGGUUCGCGCUUCCGCAACAGACCCGAGUAUCGGGAGCUGUUCAAGGAGAUCUUCGCGGUGCUGAAGAAGGCGGCCGAGAACCGAGAUGAAGGUGACAAACUGCCCCUGCUCGAUGACACCCAUCCGGCAUCGGAUGUGAAAGUUCCGCCCGUAACUCCGGCUACGGAAGACCUUCCUGAGAUCCAGGACGAUGCCAUCAGCGUGACGUCAUCCAUGGUGUCCGAGCAGUCCGUGGCGAUGUCUGAGUGCAUCACGAAGACGGAGCGGAGGAAGAUUGAACAGCAGAAGAAGCACUGCAACCAGGAGAACAAGCCGCCAGUUGGACAGAUCGUGGAGGACGGUCGCGUCCUGACGCCAUACAAGCGCCAACCGCUCGAGUAUCUCUCCGUGAGUGUGAAUGUGAAGAAGAAGCACCGCAAGAACCGACGCAACCAUGCCAUAGACCGAUCGGACUCCCCAGCGGGUUUGCCCUCACCGCCAAAGGUCUUCUACGCCACGGGCAGUGGGCGGAAGAGGCGCGACAUGCGUCCCGUCGAUCUCACCCAGCUCAGUCCCAGUGGAUUCGAGUGGCCUGGCAGGCAGUCGGGCAGCCGGGCUGUGUCACAGUCACCAUCCACACCUUCGACGGCAAACACUAGCCGCGAACUGGACACGAGCGCCAUGGAGUUCCGCCCCAGCACAGCUUCUCAGGAUCUGCAAAAGCUAAAGAAGCUAGAUCUAUCAUAUGCUGAGGUUCUCCGACGAGCUGAUAGUUGCCAACACAAGCACUGGCGCAAGAAUCAAAAUCAGCAUCACAAUUCCGGACAUCGGCAUCAUCAGCAGUCCAGACGCUAAACAUUCCCUGCCAUUCUGGCUCAAGUGACCCCUUUUCCCCUAUCUUUCAGUCGCUCUUAUAAAAUGAAUGGAAAUUGUAUUAGAAAAAGUUACUAAAAUAUCCAACCAAAUCCUUUGUACCAUAUUUUCUCAGCGUCUGCAGAUUCAGUAAUAAAAAAUCAGAUUCAAUAUCAAAA